AUGAGCGGCACAUCGUCGACCUCCUCGACCCCGGCGCCCAAGGCGCGCAAGAAGCGCUUCUUCUUCCGCACCCGCGACGACUUGCUAUUCGUCCGGACGCUGCUGGACGACCGGGACGCUGUCUUAUCGCUGAAUCGCGGCGAGCGCACGGCCGGGUGGGAGGCCGUGGCGACGAAGUUGAACCGCCAGGGAAUCAUAGCAUCCAGCCACACGCUUCGCUGUCGACAGAAGCGCCUAGUGGACAAUUUCGAGGACGAAGUUGCACAGGGAAAGCAGACAUCAGAUUUGACAGAGCUGGAGCGGCUGCUGGACCAACCACGAGCACAUUCUAAUCCGACUCACAACUUCUCGGAUUCAGACUCGGAUCGUGCUGCUGCAACAGAGCAACGACCUCGACGUCUCUCCCUGCCACCACUGGCUGAACUGGUAUCGACUUCGACAUCUUUUGUGUUGGUGCAAUCCACCCCUGGAAGUGGCAGGAAAUCCCGCAAAAGACGCUUCUUCUUCCAAGACCGACACGAUGUAUUGCUAUUGACCGCUGUGCUGGCAGACCGAGGUGUUGAAAUGGCCUCUGGGGCGAGAAAACCGUCUUGGAAGGACAUCACAACGUCCUUCAAUAGUCACGGCUUCGAUGCCAAUGCUCACACACUUCGCACCCAUCUUCGACUGCUGGUUGAUACCCAUAGAAAGGAGGCGAGCAGUUUGAAAACGGAUCCAGCACGUCUGUCGGCGAAGCAAAAGUUGCUGCGUAAGUAUUGCAGGAAACUGGAUGGUCAAGAAGAACAAGACUCUAGCGACACUGACGAUCCAUCUACCGAGCCGGGGACUGGAAGCCAAGACAGCGAAACCAAUGAUGACCAAGUUUUCGAGCCAGAACACGACCAAAAUGGUGACGGCCGUGCUGCAACGAACCGUCCAGAAGUGGCUGGACGUGUGCUUGCAUCUGCUGGAUGGUCUCGGAGUCAUGCAACGGAUUUAGUGCAAGCUGCCGCAGUCGCGAACCUUCCUCCAGAGCGAGAACUUAUCACCGCAUCAACGCAGAUGUCAGAGCCGGCUUCAUCAUCGACGAACGUUGAUGAAGCGUCAACGACUGAAACUUCGACAUUUUCAGAUACGCGUGAGAUCUCAGUGCAGACAGAGGAGGCGUCGUUAACUCCGACUGCUGCCCAAGAUCGCUCGGCUACUAAACCAGCAGCAGAUCAUAACGACUCGGAGGAAGUCACGGAGCCUGCGUGGAAACGGCAGAAGCUGGAGCUUGAAACCAUUUUGCAGCGUUUCGUGUCGGAGCAAAGCGAGCGACACAGAGAAGAGCGUGAGCAAGAGCACGCCAGGACUAAAGAGCAGCAAGACAUCCAGCGACAGACGAUCGAACUCCAAAAGCGAGCACUGGACAUGCAGGAAAAGGCGAUGAACAUGCAAGACAGGCUCAUGUCCUUGAUGGAGAAGGUGAUGGACAAACUCAAUUGA